UAACGUAUUUUUUUGAUUUAAAAUUUAAAACAUUUUAUUAUUUAUUGUGUAUGACAGUUAAAGUUUACAAAGUACUUUUUUUUAAGUAAUGUUUUAUUCUGAACGUUUAUCAGGAACGUAUUUUUUUAUUAUUUAAACAAUAUUAUGGAAUCAUUUGUUUAUGGAUACUUGGAACCGAGAAAUGCUCCCAAUCCUACAAGUUUUAUUAAGAAUCCAACCAAUUAUCUCGUACCAGACGUAUCAAUAUUCGAUUCAUCAACGUCAAAUCUACCUAGAAAGAAUAAAGAAAAUUUCCCACCCGAAGUUGCUUUGAAAAAUCAGGUAUCUUUCAAGUCACCAUUAACAGAUCGUUUAAACAAUUCUCAAAAAUUCUUUGAUAUAAAAACUCCCAUUAAUGUUGAUAAUCACACAAAAACACAUCCACCAGAACAUUUCUUAAAUAAGGAAUUGGAUUUAAGCUAUUGCAGUCCUAAAAAGCAACCUUCACCUAAUACAAGAAAUAGAGGGGUAAUUGUGAAUAAAAAUCCUAAAUCUUAUUCUGAUUGGAUAAAUCACGUAAACAGCAUUCAAAAAGAAAAAAUAAAUGAAGAAAUUAAGGAACCAGAGCCUACAAUUUCUGAUUUAUAUGAAGUAAUUAAAAACCAAAACAAUCAGUUGAAAAAUUUACAAAAACAAGUAGAAAUUUUAUUGGACCAUAAUAAUAAAAAUUCAUCGCAGCGUGCAAUUGAAUAUCAACAAUGUCCGUGCAAAUGCUCAUGUUCUAAGUCUAAUCAAGAUACAAAUUCACAAAAUGCCAAAUCAAAUCCGGUACAAGUUUCAAUAGGUAUUAUGACAAGUUUUGAAAUUAAUGUUAAUUCCAAUGAUACUAAUUCAAAAAAUGAUAGUCCAAAAAAUUUUGAAGUAACUAAAAAACGUUCUGAUAUUGAAUACACUGCGACACCUGUUCAAAAUAAACGUGAAUCUAAUCCCUCCUAUAAUUUUGGGGCUCUGUCUCAUUUAUCAAAUACCAUUGCUGAAGGAUAUAGUCGGUGUAAGGAUUAUUCUCUAAGUGAGAUUCCAGAAAUACCAGAACCACUUGAAGAUUCCAUUUAUUCUUCGAAUAAUAGUAUUCAUGUUGACAUUCAAGAAUUUGCUGAAAGUUCUGAUGAAGAGGAAAAUGACGAUGCUGAUAUAGAAAAUAUCGAUGAAUAUAAUGAUAGUGCGGAAGCGUACAAUAAUGUAGUCGAACAAGUACAAAAUAUUUUAAAGCAAUCUCCUAGAGAAAAUAAGGAUAAUCAACCGUCUGAAAAUAUGCUUCGUGUUGAUUUCCCAAACAAUUUACAAGACCUAGGAAUUAGUUUUGUUAACUUGAAUUUAACAACAGAUUCGCUUGUAAUGAAUAAAAAGCGAAAUGAUCUGAGUGUAGAAGUAAAUCAGUUAGUAAUGAAAUAUUUACGAGAUGAUCAACUUAGUUUUUUGGUGACAAAAAAUCAAAAAAUACAAAAAUUACCGAAUCAUGGUAAAAAUCAAUUUCAGAGACAAAAUAUGUUUUCAAGCCCAUUGAAUGGAAACGAAGUAUCGUUCGCCACUGUAAAGCAUAUGCAAAAAUAUCGAUUAUGGAAUCAUUCUAAUGAUCAAGUUGCUUGUAAUAUUCAACAAAUGAUACGUACUGAAGAGUGCCGACCUGGGAAUAAAUAUUCAAGUCAAAGUAAAAUACUGGAUAUUACUGCUUUAAAACAACAACCUAAGUUAUUAUAA